AUGGCUGUUGCUCCUACUGCUUGGUUCCCCAUAAUUGAGGGAGGAGAGUGUGAUGAUGCGGGUGGAGAAGGUGACUGUGAGGAACCAUUGGGUGAUGGCGGGCUUGGAUUGCUUGAUGUUGGAGGGGAAGCAGGAGACUUUGGGGAUGGCGAAGAUGAAGAUGAAGAUGGAGGUGGUGGUGAUGAUGAUGGAGGUGGCGAAGAUGGUGGCAGCGACGAUGAUGGUGGCGAAGAUGGUGGUGGCGGUGAUGAUGGUGGCGGUGAUGAUGGAGGUGGUGAUUGUGAUGGUGGUGAAGAUGAGUUGUCUGCGUCAUCAGGGGUGUUGUUGUCCGGGGUGGAGUCAUCAGGUGUUUCAUCAUCGGGAGAACUGUUACGAGGGGAGGAAGACAUUAUUACUGUAUCUCAGAAUUCACAUGAAGUGCUUAAUUCUGGGUUCCGGCCAAAAGUUUGUAUCCAGAAAGCACGUUGCCGGAAACACCACCUACUAACGGUUGGACCCCUGAAAAGAACAAGAUUUUGGGAUGAUGAUUAA